AAUGAUUUUGGACUUCCCUGUAAAUUUUAGUACUGAAACAUCAACAUGGCAUUAAUGUUACUGACCUCUUUCCUGUCAACUCCGCCACUAUUUAUCCUUCCCCUGCUUCCACUCCCUCGCCCAACUUAAAUUUAUCUCAAAUCCUAAAGUCCACACUCAUUUGCACGGCAAUAUUACUCUAACAGUCGCUCAGAAGCUUUAGGAUAUGGGUCGUUCACCCUGUUGCGAUAAGGUUGGCUUGAAGAAGGGGCCAUGGACUCCAGAGGAGGACCAGAAGCUCCUCGCGUACAUAGAGAAGCACGGCCAUGGAAGCUGGAGGGCAUUGCCUAACAAAGCUGGUCUCCAGAGAUGUGGGAAGAGUUGCAGGUUAAGGUGGACAAAUUACCUCAGACCAGAUAUCAAGAGAGGGAAGUUUACCAUGCAGGAAGAACAGACCAUCAUCCAGCUCCAUGCUCUCCUCGGCAACAGGUGGUCUGCAAUAGCAACGCACCUUCCUAAGAGAACUGACAACGAGAUAAAGAACUACUGGAACACGCACCUGAAGAAGAGCCUGGCAAAAAUGGGGAUAGACCCAAUUACACACAAGCAGAGGAGUGACACCAUUUCCUCUGUCCAUGGCCGCUCGAAGAACGCAGCUAACCUAAACCACAUGGCUCAGUGGGAAAGCGCUCGCCUUGAGGCUGAAGCUCGCCUCGCACGUGAGUCCAACCUCCGUCGAGCUGCUCCUCCUUCCCCCACCGCCUCUUCCUUCACCAUGAAACAUCAGCCUCCAUUACCUCCUCCUGUCACCAUGCCACCAGCAGCAUCUCCCUGCCUUGACGUCCUCAGCGCUUGGCAUGGUGUAUGGCCCAAGCCUGCAACCAGUAACAGCCAUGGAAAAGCAUACACCAUUGACCUCGAGUCACCAUCCUCCACCCUCAGCUUCUCAGACAUGGGGAUUGCAGAGAGCAACCAUAGAGAGGAACCGCCAUGGAGAUGUCCAAAAAAAUCAGAAUUUUCAACAGACACGGUAACACCCUUCAUAAGCGCAGAAGCAUCUUCCUGGCUAAGUGAAUCCUCUGGCGGAGACUUCCCAGCUGGCUUUACCGGAAUGCUGCUGGACAAAGCUGGCCAGCAGAACUCAACAGAAGAAUGUGAAAACUCAAACAAUGGUGAAGUUAGAAGCUGUGUGGAUGUGGAAGAAGGCGAGGGUGAAGACGAUGAAAAUAAGAACUACUGGAACAGCAUAUUAAACCUGGUUAACUCAUCAUCUCCUCCAAAUUCACCACCACCAUUGUUCUAGCACUCUGCAGUGCAGCAUCUAUAGUUCUCUAGUAAAAGAUCUCUUCCCCCUCCCUCUUUUGUCAUCAAUUGCAGAAAAAAGAAAAGGGCCAAUUCCGAGCUCCUCCAGAAAAGAAGCUCUCUGAGUCAAAAUGGACAAAUUUUAUCCAAACCUUUUUACUAUGUAAAUUUAGGAGCAGUACUGAGGGAAAAGGAAUGCUCAGAGAGAGCAGGGAAUAGAAGAAAAGAGAAAACAAUAUCAAAUUAAAUGCGUUGGUUAUGAUCUGUUUGUCUGUAGAAUCACCCAUAUAUGUUGUCUUUGGUAACCGUGCAUGGUAAAUAGUAAUGAAGUUGCUAUUAUUGUUAUGAAAUUUUAAUGGUCUAUAGGACAGCAAAUUUUGGCUUUUUGGCCAAAAUUUAUGCCUGCAGUGCGUGCACUAUUGCAUUUAAUGAGCAAAAGUUUUUACUGUGGCUGUUGGUUAUUGGUCAUUUUCGGCACCUCUUUCUAGCCGGCACCUCUUUGUAGCUCUAA